AUGAAAUCGUCUGGUUCUCCUUGCCCUCUUGAUCAACUUUCUAUAAUAAGUUUCAAGCAUUGUCCUUAUCUGAGAACUUACCUUACUGAGCUAAUUCACGAUAUUUGGCUAUCUGGAACUGUCCCAACUGAGUGGAAAAGAGCAUGUACCAUACUAAUCCACAAGAAAGGCAACAAUAAUGACCCUUCAAAUUUCCGCCCCAUAACACUCGAAUCCAUACCUUUAAAAGUAUUUACAUCUUGUCUCCGAAACGCAGUAUACUCCUUCGUCGCAUCUAAUAACUUCGUCGAACACAACAUACAAAAAGGCUUCACCCCCAACCUAUCUGGCACUCUAGAACAUACUGCGCAAAUGGCUGACAUUAUUAAUAAAGCUCGGAUCAGACAACGCUCUGUUGUCAUCACCCUACUUGAUCUUAAGAAUGCCUUCGGCGAAAUCCAUCACAACCUCAUUCAAUCCGUACUUGACUACCACCAUAUCCCUGAUCAUAUAAAAUUUGUUAUAAAAAGUUUAUAUACUGAUUUUCAAACCUUGAUAAUUACCUCUGAAUUCCGCACUCCUUUUAUGACAGUUGGCCGUGGCGUAUUGCAAGGAGAUUGCCUCAGUCCUCUUCUUUUUAACAUGUGCUUCAAUACAUUCAUUCAGCAUAUCAAGGCUGAAAAGUACCGUCUAUUUGGGUUUUCCUUCAAAUUACUAAAUCCCAUCCAUUGGUUCCAGUUUGCUGAUGACGCGGCUGUAAUUACUGGCCAAGAAUCCGAAAACCAACAUCUAUUAAAUCGAUUUUCUAUCUGGUGCCAAUGGUCCGAUAUGAUUAUCCGAGUUGACAAAUGCAGUACCUUUGGCAUUAAAAAAGCGAUCACAAAAUCAGUUCAGUACUUGCCAAAACUCCUCAUCAGCAAUCAACUAAUACCAAAAAUCACAAUUGGAGAAUCAUUUCAAUAUUUAGGACGUUACUUUGAUUUCCACAUGUCGAAUGAUAAUCACAAAACUGAACUAACCACCCUACUUAAUGAACUAAUGUCUGAUAUUGACUCAAAGCCACUACACCCCAAAAAUAAACUGCUCCUCUACAGUCGCUACGUCUUGUCCAAGUUAGCCUGGCACUUCACCGUUGCAACACUCUCUAAAACAUGGGUUACUGAAAAUAUCGACUCUAUUGCCAACAAAUAUAUCCGCAGAUGGCUUGAAGUACCAAUAUCAGGAACACUAAGUACUGUCUUUCUAACAAAUAAUAAAUUUGGCCUGAGUAUUUAUCCUCCAUCUGUAAAAUUUAUCCAGUGUCAAACAGUCCUCCGAAAAGCUUUAAAAUCUUCUCCUAAUGAAUCAACUAACGACCUGUGGAGAGCAACCAGUAACCAUACUAAUACCCAAUAUGACGCUUAUAACUCUACUAAGGAAGUUCUCAAAGAUUUCCGUUCUGGACACGAAAACAAACUCCUAAACCAAUUAACCAGUCAAGGAUCCUUUUUCUGCAGCGUCACGAAGUUCGCUUUACCUCAGCUUAGCAAGGUGUGGUGCGUCGCCCAAUCAAAGCUCCCGAAAAACAUUUACAACUUUACCAUUCGUUACAUUAACAACUCUCUUCCGACGCGCAAAAACCUAAACAGAUGGGCAAUAUCUUCAAAUUCAGACUGUUCUUUUUGUCUUAGCCCUGAAACAUUACUACACAUAGUAGCUGGAUGUCAGUUUUAUCUCGACCGAUUUACGGGGAGACACAAUUCAGUCCUGAACUUUCUUGCUCAUCAGUUACAAACUGUUGACGGUUCUACUCUCUACGCUGAUCUAAAUGGAUUCAAAAGCCCUUCAAUACUUACUGGUGAUACGUAUCGCCCAGAUUUGUUAUUAUCGUGCUCAAAUGGUUCCUUAUAUGUGGUUGAACUCACCACUGGUUAUGAGACAAACCUCAAAAACAACGUAAAACGGAAGAAGGAUAAAUAUAGAGAAUUAUUGAGACAGCUAGGUAAAAAUUUUAACCAAGUUAAAUUUAUAAAUCUCUCCAUCAGCUCUUUAGGUAUUUUUGCAGAAGAAUGUUAUACAUUUUUAGACAUGUUAGAUAGUAUUGGUCUUGACAAAAACCACCAAAUGUACUGCGUUAGGAAAAUGAUGACUAUUGCUAUUAGAACUACAUAUUACCUUUUUUGUUGCCGAAAUAAGGAAUGGGAAAAUCCGGAUUUACUAACAAUUUGA